CUAAAAAAAAUACUUUUGUAACAAAGUAGAAAGGAAGAUAUUUCUUUGUUUUUUUUUUUCUCAUUUCUCCUGCAUUGGUCGAUGCAACGGACGCAAUUGCAUUUAGUUUCUUUUAGUGAAUAUCUAGAAUAUUAUGUGCGAUUACCAUUACAAAGUAUAGUAAAUAGUAACCUAUAACAUAUUGUUAUGAUUCAACUCUUUAUGCGACGCUUGUUUUGUUCAUUGAAUUAUAUAUUUCGUAACAGAAAUCUUCAACAGUUACAAAAUGUUCCAAUGAAGAAAGAAUAUUAUCAUAUUAUACAUGUAAAUAAAAUUAUAAUAAUUCCAUAGACUAUGGCUACUGAUUAUCCAUUGACAAGAAGAAUACUCGCUUUAUGUUAUAAAAAAGAAACAAUAUUAUAUAAUAUAUUUCUAAAUAAUUAUUUAUAAAAUCAUGAAAUUUAAAUUUUAAUCAUGUCCAUGUUUCAAAGCCAGUUAGACUUUGUCUGUGACUACUGCAGUCGGCCGUUUACAAGAAAAUACAAUCUACAAACACAUAUAGAGAAUUGUCAUUUGAAUAGCUCUUGUUGUUGUGAGAUUUGCGAGCAAAGAUUCAAGAGCCCAGCUGGGCUUCAGCUUCAUCUAACGAGAGGUCACAAUCGUAAUGGCGAACCAUACCCAGAGUGCGAGCUAUGCGGUCGCAUAUUUACCAGGAAACAAAAUAUAAUUUCACACAUGCUCAGUGUUCAUUUACAAGGUCUGAUGCCCAAUCAACAGUGCAAUUUAUGCUUUAAAACGUUCACCACAGAACGUAAUUUGAAACGACAUGUCUCACAGGUGCAUAACCCAAACAUUCAACAUCCAACUUGCAACGAAUGCGACAAAACAUUUAUAGGCAAACACUCUUUAAUUGAACAUAUUAAAUCUACCCAUGGCUGUUCUGAGAAAGAUGCCAUAAAAUGUCACAUGUGUGAUAAAGAGUACACUAAUAAUAGGAACUUAAAAAGACAUAUUGAAAUGUAUCAUGGUGAGAAAGGGGAGUACAGAUGUGAUAUUUGUCCAAAAGUGUACACUUCCAAUCAGAGUUUAAGGAGGCAUCUGCGUACUUGUCAUUGGAUAGAAGACCAAGAGACUUUACAGUGCGGUUAUUGUGAAAAAUUGAUACCAGGUAAAGAAAAUUUAGAGACACAUGUUACGUUCUAUCACAGACAAGAGACGUAUCUCUCUGAUUAUGAUGUCGAUAGGAAAACAGAAGAGUUCGCAUGCAAUACUUGUAAUAAUUCAUACGAAGAGGAAUCACUGCUACGGCAACAUAUAAAAAUGGAGCAUACAUUUGAUAUUUUCUAUAAAUACUGUAAAAUGGCUCUUCUAAAACAAGUAGAGAAGAAUGAUAAUAACAAAAUAAAGACUGUGUUUUAUAAUUGUGAAUUUUGUAAUAACAUGUUUACAAGUGUGUACGAAUUUAAAGAUCACAUGAAAGUCAAUCAUGAUAAAGAGUAUUGCUUGUCGACGUGUAAUGUUUGUUUCAAUAAGUUCUACAGCAAGGAUACAAUGUCAGAGCACAAAAAGAUAUGUCUUCCACCGCCAAAUGUGAACAGCUGUGGACACUGCGACAAGUUGUUCACAGAUGUGAGCAGUUUAGAAUUCCACACGAGAAUAUUUCAUCCGCAAGCUCAUAUCGCCGAUUCCAAUAUCACAUCAACAAAUGACGAUAUAGAAAACGCGUACAAAUGCAAACAUUGUAAUAGAAUCUACUACAGCGAUAGGUCGUUAAAACACCAUAUUAAGUUGAAACACACAACAGACGAAGCUAUGGAGUGCGAGUACUGUGGGAAAGUUUGCAGCAAUAAAUAUUAUUUGGCAUCCCAUAUAAAGAUAGUGCACACAAACAAUUCCUGGUCCAAAUGUGAUUAUUGUGAUAAACAGUUCAAAUCUAAACGAAAUAUCCGGAGGCACAUUGAAUACACACAUCUAGGUAUGCAACGGUAUAAAUGUAUCGAAUGUGAGACCCUGUUUAAAGAAAAGAGAAGUUUGAGAAAGCAUGUUCGAACCAAGCACCCGAAUUCGGCAGCAUUUCCACAAUGUCAUAUAUGCCACAAAAGGUUUGAAUCGGCCAAAUCCUGCAAGAUACACUUGAAGUUACUCCACUCAUUCAAUAUGAAUACGCACCCUUGUGAUCUGUGCUCUGUAUCCUUUAGCUCAAACGAAGCUCUAAGCAUACAUUUGCAAACGAAACAUUUAGCCGAAGACGAGAUAUACAAAUGUGAGCAUUGUAAUUUAGUGUUCAAAGGGCUUGACAAAUUCGAACAGCACAACGAACUAUGUCACGUCAAUUUAGUACCGAAUAUAAAACAAAAGGUUCUGCCUCGAUGUAUUAUCUGUAUGAAAGACUUCAGUACUAGAAAAACUUUGAAGCGUCACAUUAAAAAGUUUCACAACGAAUUCGAUGCGGACGAAUUGGCCACAUUCGGUUCUCGACACCGGGUGUUCAAUGUCGAAUGUGAGGACUGCAUCAAAAACUUUCAGGACGACUUCUACUACAAUAUAUAUCAGAAAUUGAAGCAUUUACGCGAUUCGAUAAUAUUUAAAUGCGAGAGUUGCACAUCUACUUAUAAUUCGUUGGAAUUCUCCAUUCAGAGGUACAAGUUGAGUCAUUAUGACACGUGUAAAAGUAAAAUGGUGCUGAGCGAGUUAUGUACAGCGGAGAUGAGCGACGAAGAGGCGUCGUACAGCGGAUUUGGUUCUUUACACCAAAUGUUGCCGGAGAGUACUACGAAUGAUGUGAAAUUAGAGCCAAGCGAAUUUUUAACAGAGGGAGAAAUUAAGACUGAACCCAUGACACCAUAAAAUACUUAUAAAGUCGACAUAAGCUUAUCAUAGAUUAUACUCAUUCACUUAUUUAUGAUUAUUUUCCGGGUGGAGGGGUAAAGGAGCGAUGGUCAUUGAUAAAAACGUAUGUAGGUAUCCCACACGUCUGCGCAAAGCUGAAAUCUCCGUUCGUAUUCAGUGAUCUCGCACCAGAAAAAUUCUGGGUUGGGCACGGCUCACUUACACUCCCGAUACAUAUGCUAUGAACACAAGUGAAGCCAUUUCUAAAAUGGGUAGUACAGUAGAUUUUAAACAAGCAUAAAACCGUAUAUACUGCGACACAGACAAAGCAUCUCUACUACAGUGUAGUAGAGUGCUUUUUAUGACGGCACAGAUACAUAACUUUGACACUUUAAAAGUAAAUUUAGCGCCAAUUUAUUUUUUUAAAAUCUGCAAACAGUCUAAAGAUGCGGUGGUGGUAUAUAUAUAUAUAUAUGAUAUUUUUAUUACAGUGAAAAAACCUGUGACUACAUACAGAUGAUAUUUGAUUGUAUUUUUUUUUUAUUUAAUUAAAUUAAACUUUACUUAUUUAUAAAUGAUGUUCCCAUAGAUUCCCUUAUUUUUAAAAUAAGAAAAUCUAUAGGGAAAUAUAGUAUAAAAAAAUAUACUUAAUUAAAAGUAGCAACAGGAAACUUAAAUUUUUGUAUAUUAUGUUUAGUUGUUAAACCUCUUUAAAUCAAUAAUGUAUAAUUAAAAAAAAAAUAAACAGCUUUCUUCAAGGAACAGUUACAUAUAAAAAAAUUAUCCAUUUUACAAACUGUAUGGUUUUACAUAAUUUAUUUAAAUAUUUUUUUUUGUCAUAUGGAAUAGUAUCUGACAGUUUCAUAUAUUGUACCCAUAUAUUUUUUUUAUAAUGUACUUUUAUUCCAGAUAUUAGCAAUAAUUACCUUAAAACCUUUAUUAUUUACCUGCUAUUGUAAAUUAAAAUAUUUACCUGCUUACAUUAUUGAAUAAAAAAAAUAUAUUAAAAAAAUCGUUUUUCUUGAAUACUCUAUCUGAAAAUACAAUACAAUAUAAAAAUAUUAAUGUUUUUUUUUUUUAUCAUAAGUAUCAGGAGAGGGGAGGGGUUAUUGCAACAGAAACUUUGUUAUUCAUUAGACUAAACUUCUUAAAAAGUCUGUACGACUGAAAAGUAAUAGAAUAAUUACUAGUACCGCAUUCGAGUGUUCUGACACUUCCCUAUGGUUGACUGGGAGAGAAUGCUUUUUGCAUUAAGUCCGCCAUGUACACAUAUAUGUACUAA